CUCCGCCACCAUGGUUCUCCUGGGCAGCAGCCGCCGCCGCCGCCUGAGGGUGAAGUGGGUGAUGGGGAAGUUGGAAAUGACUCCGCGGUUUUUCCUCCUGGCUCCUUUGGGCGACAGCUGCCCGCCCCCGGUAUACACUGUAGUUGAUCGCAGGGAAACCCUGAGCCUCUCCCCUUCCUUCUCGACCGACUUUGCACUGUUGUCAUUGCCCGCCACCAAGAGUAGCCAAUAACAAGCACUGACGAUACGCAGCAAUAGUGGGACCUGAAAUAACUAAGAGUAAUUAGGGACUGCAGCCAUGGAUCGGGCUGGGUAAAAUCCAAUUGGGUGUUUCCGUUUCAUUCACCUUCCCUGUUUUGGUGUUUUGGGGAGGUUUUUUCCCCCUCUCUCUUUUCUCUUUUUUGGUAUUUGGAAAGCAAGGGUCACACUUUCCCCUCCCUGUUCCUUUUCACAGUCCCUUUUCUAAAAAAAGGGGAAAAUCCGGAUGGAUUUUAAGGAUUGGACUGGUGUCAGCGGUGUUUUAUUGCACACCUAGAUCCUGGUCAUAGGCUUUUUAUUCCCCCCAAAGCCUUUAUUUUGGCAGGUAAGCCAAAUGCGUUUUCCAAAAAAUUAGUUCAAGUAUUUCUUCCUCUUUCUUUCCUUCCUCCCCUCCCUUUCUCCCAUCCCGCCUCCGACGUUACUGUCCGAACAUGACUGGGCAGCACCUUUUGUUUCUCAACCCUGUAAUAUGACAGUCUGCUAAUAUUGCCAGAAGGUGCAGAUUUGGGGUUACAGUCGUGACUUUAGCUAUUCAAUCAUAUUAGCAGGGAAAAAAUGACUUGUUUCUGUUGUACUUGAGUCUUAAGAAAAAGUGCCCAUAGUUUAGUGACAAUUUCCAAAGGCUUUAGUACCACCUGUAUCUCAAAAUGGGGGACCCAAACUCCCGGAAGAAACAAGCUCUGAACAGACUACGUGCUCAGCUUAGGAAGAAAAAAGAAUCUCUAGCUGACCAGUUUGACUUCAAGAUGUACAUUGCCUUUGUAUUCAAGGAGAAGAAGAAAAAAUCAGCACUUUUUGAAGUGUCUGAGGUUAUACCAGUCAUGACAAAUAAUUAUGAAGAAAAUAUCCUGAAAGGUGUGCGAGAUUGCAGCUAUUCCUUGGAAAGUUCCAUGGAGCUUUUACAGAAGGAUGUGGUACAGCUCCAUGCUCCUCGGUACCAGUCUAUGAGAAGGGACGUGAUUGGCUGUACUCAGGAGAUGGAUUUCAUUCUUUGGCCUCGGAAUGACAUUGAAAAAAUUGUCUGUCUCCUAUUUUCUAGGUGGAAGGAAUCUGAUGAGCCUUUUAGGCCUGUUCAGGCUAAAUUUGAGUUUCAUCACGGUGACUAUGAAAAACAGUUUCUGCAUGUGCUGAGUCGCAAGGACAAGACCGGAAUUGUUGUCAACAAUCCAAACGAGUCCCUGUUUCUCUUCAUUGACAGACAGCACUUGCAGGUGGGCAGGGACCAGACUCCAAAAAACAAAGCUACAAUCUUCAAGUUAUGCAGCAUCUGCCUCUACCUGCCACAGGAGCAGCUUACCCACUGGGCAGUUGGCACCAUAGAGGAUCACCUGCACCCUUACUUGCCCGAGUAGAAUGCUGACAGCAAGUGGAGACGGUCAGAGUGCAGCGGCAAUUUUUUCUUGUUUUCUUACCACUUUAUUCUUUCAGAGUUUAAAGAAAAUGGACUCAUGCACAGAACACUAUGCAUUUUGAAACUUGUUCAUCCUGGAUUUUUUUUUUUUUAAUCAUUUGUAUCUCAGAACUUUAACAAAUUAGAUGUCUCCUGCACAGACUGUGUGAAAGAAGAUGCUUUGCAUCUUUGCUGCACUGCGUCAGCAUCUUAAAAAUGUGAAGUGAAAGGACUGUGUACACUGAAAUGCUUGGUGUAUCUGAAAGCACCAGGUGACACUCGUGGUUGAUGGUCUUCCAUUUGUGCUGGCUUUUGCCUCUGACAUCUGUCAUCAGUAUUUAGAGGGUGAGAAGUGAAUGUAAGAGGUAUAAGUAACAUUUUAAAAACUUGAUAGCUUUGCUAUAAUCACCGUUGUUCCUGAGCACUAUCAGAUUCAUUCCAAUGACCAGAAGUGGUUGUUCAAAAAAAUACAACCACGGGAAAGAAAUCUUAAAUGAAAAAAGCAUCUCAUUGUAGGCAUUCGUGCCUCAUAUUUUACUGGGCCAUGUUUGUUUCCUGGUACUCACAAGUACGUGUGUUUUAUUUCCAGAUCGCUUUCCCAGGCUGCUGUUACAAAGUUUUCUGUGUGGACACAGACACAGUAAAGCAGAUCUGGAGUCUCAAGUGGCUAAAGCAGCUAUCAAACAGAGAUACGUUCAUAGCUGCGGAAACCAGGAUAGGCAGAGGACUUUCCUUUUGGUUUUGGUUUUGUUUUUUGGUUUUAAAGAGAGAUUUCUAUUACAAAGAAAAAAGUUCCAGUGAAUUGUGCAGAAAUACUGGUUUCUACACCAUCCUUAAGAAAAUCUUAAGGGUGUUUUUUUGGAGUAGAAAAAGUUACUAAAGUUGAAAUCUUAAAUUGUAAAAACCACCAUUGAGUGUCAAAGUUAUAAAAGCAGAAUUCAUUUUGUGCAAUGAACAUAAGGAAAGACUACUGUAUAGGGGUUUUUUUGUUUGUUUUUUCUUUUAAAUGAAGAAGAGCUUUGCUUGAGGGUUGCAUACUUUAUUGGAGUAAAUCUGAAUGAUCCUACUCCUUUGGAAUAAAACUUAGUGCUUACUGGUUUCCAGUUGUAUUUAGCUUCUGGUUGGAAUUUGAAAAAUGAAAACCUGAAUAAAAUAGGUGAAAGUUCCCUGACUGUUCAGGUGAAUGCACAAAA